AUAUGAUUGGCCAAUAUGAAACAACCGCGGUCCAGCGGCCUAGACCUUGUACCACCCGACGUCACACGCUCAUAGCUCCCUAAGCUCCGUCUCAUCGUUCGCGCGUCAACCACAUCAACAUACCAACAACAACAACCAUGAAGGACCAUCUUUCCGAACGAUGUCGGGAGCUCUCCCAUCCCGAUGUCUUCCAGUUCUCCGUCUCAGUCUUCAUCGUCGUAGGCAUCCUCGUUUCGUACCUGCCGCAACACUACAAGAUCAUAUCACGACGAUCCUCACGAGGAUUGAGCCCUCUUUUCGUUCUAUUAGGCACCAUAUCCGGCACAGCCAGCAUAGCGAACAUCCUCACUCUCCCUGAAAGCACGCGGGACAUGCGAUGUUGCAAGGAGAUUGGCUCGUAUCCAUGCGCAGCAGCGCUUCUCGGAAUCGCCCAGAUCGGCGUGCAGUGGACAUGCUUCUUCUUCAUAAUGCUUCUCUUCCUCAUCUUCUUCCCGCGAAGCUCCCUCUCCUCCGAAGACCCCUCGGACAUCGACGAAGACACCAACCUCCCAACCUGGAAAGAAGCCAUCCUCGUGCUCGCGGCCUCCCUCACAUUCUUCGUGAUCGCGCUGUUCGGCUCCAUCGUCUUCGCCAACGCGGCGCCGCAGUACAUCCGCGGGUGGGCCAACUUCCUCGGCCUACUGGGCACCGUGCUCGCGGCGAUACAGUACAUCCCGCAGAUCAUCACGACGUGGCGGCUGCAGGCGGUGGGGAGCCUGAGCGUGCCGAUGAUGUGCAUUCAGACACCCGGGAGCUUCGUGUUUGCGGCAUCGUUGGCGGUAAGGUUGGGGCCGGGAGGGUGGAGUGCUUGGGGGUUGUUUAUUUUGACGGGGUGUUUGCAGGGGUGCUUGUUGGCGAUGAGUCUGGGGUUCUUGUGGAGGGAUAGGAAGGCUGUGAGGGGGGAGAGUGCGGAGGGGAGUAAUGGGGGUGCGGUUGCGGGGGAUAGUGAGAGGACUCCGCUUUUGGGGAAUGGGAGGUCAGAAACGGAGUAA